UCUCUCUGUAUAUACUUGAAGACAAUGUACACAAAAAACACUAGGACACUUUUCUUUUUAUUUUUUAAGGGUGAAUCGAUUGGGACUAAAAAAACGCCGAUUGGUUCAGUCAUUGCUGAGAUAAUAAUAUCUCACCUCGUUUCAACUCGCAGUUUCGUGUAUAAUAGACAUUACCGUGCCUCUUGAUAACAUUUCGCUAGUAUGCAUACCGAAAAAAAGCAAACUAUCAACGUCACAACAACUUCCAAAACGAGUGAAACUGAUAAUCCUAUUUUUAAAUAUGAACGAAUUCAACGAAUGGAUAAUUUUCGCAUGUUUAGCAAAAUUUUGGACGAGCCGGGAUACACCAAUAGAGACCAAAAAUACUUUAUAAAAUUAACGAAUUCAUCGCCCAAAUCGAUCGGUACAAGUAGCACAGAAGGAAUCUCGACUGCAUCAAUUGAGGCUCGAGAGAAAUCGGAUAUCUGGAAAUACAGAGUAAUAUGUAACAAACGAAGUACAAUAGAAUCGUCAACAUCAGCGAAUAAUACAACUCAACGACUCGAACACGUCUCGUGGAAAUAUAAAAAUCCUCCCAGCGUUUCAAUUUGUGAAAAAUCUAGUCGUGCCUCGGACGUUAUCCUUAAAGAGGACGAACCCCAGGAGGGGAAAACCGAACGAGGCGUUCUCUCUGACUGUCGAGAAUUCUUGGCUAACUAUCAGGAAUCCUGUGGCACGCCACGAACUGAAUAUUCAUUUGCUACUUUAAUUACAGUGAUGGCUCAGGCCACAGCACGAUCUUUGUGGGCUUUGUUGUAUGUGUUUAUUAACAUCGUGCCUGUUAUUCAGAUGUUUUCUUUCAUACUGAGAUUCGUGUUGGACAAAGUGCUUAACAUACGAAGAACCAAGGACCUGCGACAAAUAACAGUGAAAUUUGUGAUACUCGCCGUGCAGUUACUCAGCGUUCAUGUCUGUCUUCUAUUUAUACUUGGCUUCAUCGUUUUCCCGAUCGUACAAUUAGCAGUCGGCAUCGCUGUGAAACUCGUGACGAACGAUUAAACUAGUCGAGGACGAACUCACACGCUUGUUUGUUGUAUCACGACAUAUUGUGAAGCACGAAUAAAACCACGUCAGUUGUU